UGCAUUUCUGAAAUGUUUAAAUCAUUAAAACAUCAUGGUCAAGUCAACAAAAAAAGUCAUGGUCAAGUAGUCAACAACAAAAAUCAUUUGCGUGGUCAGGAAUAGCGUUCCAUCGCACACCAUUUCUGCCCAAGCCUGCAUUAUAUAUUCAAGCUAGCAUAGCAGAGACAUAAUACUUUUUUUUGGAGUUUUCUUGAAGUCACAUUUUAUAUACAGUUCAUGCUGCCGUUUUGGGUUAGGAUUUUAUCAUAUGACAAUAGGGCUUGUUUUUUUGACACUUUUUCUGUUUGUCAUCUUGGUUUUUUAUUAUUCGAACUCUGGUGAUUCCGAAGAGUUUUUAAAAUAAAAGUGGUUUUAAAGGUUUUCAUCAGAAGGCUUUUGACCGGUAAGUUUAAUUGCCAUGUUUUGGGACAAUCCUCAAAUGAUCACAAGUCAUAUUCGACAUUCCUGUGUUACAAGUGACUAUACAGGAAUGUGUGAAAUGGUGAUUGUUCAAGAUGAAGAAGAUGCUUUUAUAACAAAACAGAACAAACGCUUAGGAAAGCUAAACAAUGAAGAAGGAAAUAGUUAUUCAAAUUUUGCUCAGUCAUUUGAUAUUUCAGUGAGUCCUGGACUUUAUGGUCGUACACCAAAAAUAGAAAGCACAGAUAAAGCUGCAAAAAGCCUAAAACCAUAUCAAACUAAAACCAUUGUUUGGAAAGAUAAUACAGAGAGCAUGACUGAGAAAGAUAAAGAAGAAAUGUUUGCAGAUAAAACAGUUCCAAACCACAUUGUAAAUACCCAUUCACUGUUGAGCCAACUUGUUAAAGAUUCUCAGAAUGUUAGUGCUAAUCCUUUUCAAAUGUAUGCAAAAUUUGAUGGAGAGGGAAUAGGAAGGGCAUGUGAAACAAAAUCUAUUAACUUUUUUAUACUGUUUUUACCAACAGAGAGUCAAAGGCUGGAGCCAAUUCGCAUUGAAUUUAUUGUUACUGCAACUGUUCAAGAUGUCAUUGGUUUAAUUUUAUACAAAUUAUUUAAAGAAGGACGCUGUUUACAUCUACAAACUGAUGUGAAGCAAUAUGCUCUGCAUAUUGCAGAGGAAGAUGGUGAAGUUGAGUUUGAGUUUCAUGCUCUUGAUGAGACAAAUUUGAUGUCACAUUUUGAUUUCCAUUACUUGGCAUUAGUUGAGAAAAAUAAAUCUACUGUCAAAAUGUUGGAAAAUAAAAAUUCUAUAGAGAUAGAAAUCUAUGAACCAGCUGGUGGUCAUUCUAUAAUAAAAGUUGAAAAUGCUGACGUGAAAAUGAAAUCAGUUUUUGGAAAGCUUAUUAAAAAAAGAGCAAUAAAAAAAAGUGGUAAAGGAUAUCAUUUGGAGAAGCAGGAUGAAGAAGGAGUGGCAGUUGAUUUAGAGGCCACGUUAGGAAGUAUGGGGACAAAAAGGUUUUUGUUUGUGAAAGAUAAUCAAAUUCGUGAAAGUAAAUCUGAAGAAAUAGAAAAAAAAGAAAGCACUUCUAUUGCUCAGGACGAGAUCAUGAGUCUGCAGUAUCGAUCUUACCAAGUUUUGCUUAUACAGCGAUUAUUAGUAACAACUGAAGUAUCACUUGGAAUCCACAGUCAGAACAUUGAGAUUGAUCCUGUUUCCCAAGUGAAAUCACAGAAAUUCUGGACUAAAAUCAAACCAAUUUCUUUGCCUGUUGAUAUCAUUGCUGACUGUGAAAUGGUGGAUGAAAAGCCAGGACGGCGUGCUGUGUUUCGCAUUUACUAUAAAAAAGCAGAUUAUUUCAAACACUACGAGUUUGAAAGCUCUGUGGAAGUUGCUAACGAAAUCGAACGCAAGAUAAGAAACAUUCUCAAGUCUCGCCCACAAGCUGUACGCAACGAGUUUCUCAUAAGCAAAGAGAGAAAACAACGCUCGAUUGAUAAAGUAAAAAAGAAGUGAUUCUCAAUUGAUAAUAAGCCUCAACCAGCCAAACUUUUGGAAGUGUUUUGCGUUUAAAGAUUAGUUUCCAGCCAAGGUAAUUUGUGUGAUUGCUACUAUAGUAAUUAAAUAAGAUGGAAACGUUUGAACUUGUGUAUGGACAAAGAACUAAAGUAUGGGAGUAUGAUGACCAAAAAUAAAUUAAAAAUAAAAUGGAUGACGAACUAAAAAUUUAGCAAUUGAUAUAAUUUAGAUAAAACUUUUGAUAUUUUGUGUAUACGUGUUAAACGAGCUAAAAGAUUAGCUGUGCUAUAUAACGUUUGUUAAUAAAAAAUAAUAAUUAAAAACAUAAAUAUAAAAUUUAUUUUUAUAGCCAUAUUUUGGUGGUAACUAGUGUAUGAUUUGUUUAAAGCUGAAAUAUAUAAUUUUUUUUUUUUU